AUGUAUUUAAUCAGUAAAGAUCAUUUACCUAUUGGAAAAGUAUGUGGAAAUUAUCCGCGGACAUUUUGCUGUCCAAAGAAUACAAGAUGUGGUCCAUACGCAACGAGAACUUGUUACAACGAACCAAAUGGACCAAAUAUUACUGGUAUAAUAUUUGGUGCUGUAAUUGGUCUGUUCAUUUUUAUAAUGGUUUUGAAAGCUUGCAUUACAUGUUGUUCAUCGAGAAACGAGUAUUAUCCAUUAUCCUCGUCUGAUCCAGUAUAUCUAGCCAGAUCAGGUGCUGUUGUUUGCACAGUGGCUGCAUCUCGUUGUUAA